AUGACUGUGAGAAACCUGUCUGCUGAAAAUGUGAAAAUGAUUAUAUUUGGGUCGUUAUCCAACAAAAGAACUGAUGCAAGUCCAUCACACUAUAAUUUCGACAUCAUCCAGCUUAAUGUUCAGCAUGUCGUCUGUGUGAUUACUGAUAUUUUAAGGAGUACUGGUAGCAUCAAGCAGUGUCCAGACCAGUUUAAAACUCUGUCUCCUUACGUGCGGCCUUGUGCUGGGCUACUAACACCUGGCGUCCAGCAAACGUCAAAGGGUCCUGUAGAGCUUUAUGGACGAAAAUUUUCUGAGAUCUAUGUGCGUUCAGGGUGGUGUUUUCUUGUGUGCAAUAUAUUGCUUAACUUUGUGGACAAGCGGCGGCAAUUUUUUCAUUUGGCGCAAAUAUCUGCGCAGAUAGAUCGUUGCGCGCUAACGUGCCUGAAUGCAGUGCAAAAUCGUUGUCACAUACGAAGUUCUGCUUUGUCUAAUGUCUCUGAUUCACAGAAUCGUGGUGUUAGGUGUAGUACUGUGGCGGCGUCGGAUUUGGUUGUUGUAUGUGUUGAUUUCCUCAAACAAUUCGAGUUGUGCGUAAUGUCAUGUCGUAUUGCUAAUUUAAUGGUCUCGUCAUUACUCCGUCUACGUAGAGCAGGGAAAUUUGUAACACCAGAUCGUUUAUCAAAGAGAAAAUUUCAUAUAACCAGCAGUGUUUCCCAUGGAGAAUAUGAAUGGAAAGAUCCACAGUCUGAGGAAGAAGUAGUUAAUGUGACAUACAUAGAUAAAGAUGGAAAAGAAAUAAAAGUACGAGGGAAAGUUGGUGACAAUGUCCUGUAUUUGGCUCAUAGAUAUGGAAUUGAGAUGGAAGGUGCUUGUGAAGCAUCGUUAGCUUGCACAACUUGCCAUAUUUAUGUGCUUGGAGAUUAUUUGGACAAACUUCCUCCAGCUGAAGAACAAGAAGAGGACCUGCUUGAUCUUGCUCCCUUUCUUAAGGAAAAUUCAAGACUAGGUUGCCAGAUAAUUUUGAAAAAGGAGUAUGAUGGCAUGGUUCUUCAGCUUCCAAAAGCAACCCGAAACUUUUAUGUUGAUGGACACAAACCAAAACCUCACUAAAGUGUUCUCUUAACUGUAUGAACAUAUUAGUGCCUGUGUAGAUAUUUUGUGUGUGUGUUUUUUUAAUGUACUCUAUGGCUACAGUUUUGUAUAAAUAUGUUGUUCUCCAGCAUAAUGGGAAUCUCACACAGAAAGCAAGUAUAGACAUAAAUGUUGUAAAUAUAUUGUAAUGAAGAGUAAUUGUAAAGUAAUUUGCAACAGUAUUUCAUGAAAAGAAAAUAUUUUGUAAGAGAUGUAAAUAUAUGUAUAUUGCAAAUGAA